AUGAUCCUCCUGUUCACCCUGCUACUCUGCUACUGCUGUCACAAGGUUAAGUCCAGAAGAGGCGCUAGUGAAACACAUGAGAACAUGAUCCUGUUGAAGGAAGUCAUCACAGAAGAAGAGAGAGGAGGAGAGGGACCAGGAGGAGAGGAGAGAGGAGGAGACGGACCAGAAGUAGAGGAGAGAGGAGGAGAGGGACCAGAAGUAGAGGAGAGGGGAGAGGAGAGAGGAGUAGAGGGACCAGGAGGAGAGGAGAGAGAAGGAGACGGACCAGAAGUAGAGGAGAGAGGAGGAGAGGGACCAGAAGUAGAGGAGAGGGGAGAGGAGAGAGGAGUAGAGGGACCAGGAGGAGAGGAGAGAGAAGGAGAGGGACCAGGAGGAGAGGAGAGAGGAGAGGGACCAGGAGGAGAGGAGAGAGGAGGAGAGGGACCAGGAGGAGAGGAGAGAGGAGGAGACGGACCAGAAGGAGAGGAGAGAAGAGGAGACGGACCAGAAGGAGAGGAGAAAGGAGGAGAGGGACCAGGAGGAGAGGAGAGAAGAGGAGACGGACCAGAAGGAGAGGAGAGAGGAGGAGACGGACCAGAAGGAGAGGAGAAAGGAGGAGAGGGACCAGGAGGAGAGGAGAAAGGAGGAGAGGGACCAGGAGGAGAGGAGAGAGGAGGAGACGGACCAGGAGGAAAGGAGAGAGGAGGAGACGGACCAGGAGAGGAGAGAGGAGGAGACGGACCAGGAGGAGAGGAGAGAGGAGGAGAGGGAGCAGGAGAAAUGAGUGAAGUGUAA